AUGUCCGCCCCAAUUCGAUCUAGGAAGCGCACGAAAACGUUUACCGGGUGUUGGACUUGCCGGACCCGCAAGAUCAAAUGCGAUGAGCUCAAGCCAUGCUGUGGUCAAUGCUAUGAAAAAGGACUUAGCUGUGAGGGAUACUCUGCCCGCUUGCAGUGGCUCACACCAGCCACAGGCAAGCGAGGCCUUCGCUCGGUGGACCCACCGGGGGGUUCCAUAAGCCAAUCUCUCAGGCGUCUCAUGCCUCCAGAGCCUCUGGAAUAUGCCCUAGACUGGGACCAAGUGGAUGGCAUUCUCCAUUAUCUUGAUUCUCUCGAAUCUGUUCUCAAUCCUCGCAGUGAGGAUGUGAGUGCCAACAUCCAGAAUUUCGGCGUUUUCCGGGUUCAACCAAAUACCUCGUCUGGUGUUGAUCAACUUAAUACUACAACUCCUUGUGCAACUGAAGUUUGCCAGCCCGGGAAUGGGUACGAUCUAAUCUUUGAGCCGGAGUCAGUGUCUAUACAGUCAGAGUCAUGGAGUGAUAAUUCUGAAGCAGGGGCAGCAUGGAGUCUUUGUACUCUUCAUGGGCAACCGUUGAAUUUGGAUUUCACUCAACAAGAUUUGGCCCCGGCUGUUGUCCAAAGGCCGCCAGGCGAUGUUUCAAACUCUCCAGCUCGUACAUACCAUAUUGCGCAAGCACAACCCCUCGAGUCAGACGGGUUGAUCCUCUCUCAGGGGGUCCAGAGCAAUCGCUCGAACGAGACGCAGAGUGUCUCUCCCCGUCUGACAAACACACUCGAGAGCCUGGUCGUUCCAUCCCAGGAGCGACUCCUCAUGAGACACUACAGCCACCGAGUAGUCAAUCUAUUCUGUGUAAUUGACAAUUCUAAAAGUCCCUGGAAAACAAUCCACUUACCCCGUGUCCUACAAUCUGCCGGUGAACUGAGCUUUGGUUGUACCACCACGCGAAUCCGUGACGCAUUAAAAUAUUCAUUGCUUUCUAUAAGCGCAUUUUGUUUAUCAAACGAUCAUAAAUCUCAUCGCCGAGAAGAAGAAGCUAAGAAUUGGUGCACGAUCGCUUCGCGGUAUCGUUGUGAUGCUAUUGGACUUCUCAAAUAUGCGGUUGAAACCGAUCUUUAUGCCGACAAGAGACCAAAGUACAAGGAGUUUCUUGCCACUAUGCUCUCUAUGAUCACAAUUAAUGUCAUGUCUGGAGAUACAAGUACUUGCAGUGUUCAUUUGGAUGGGGCCGAGAAGCUUAUAAGUCAUAUGAAUACUCGGAAGGCCACUUUCUCUCGCAAGGCUCAAUCGCUCCAUCGGAUCUAUCUUUACCUACGCGUGAUUUAUGAAAGUACCGCCGCGAGAAGGUCAAAAGGCGGAAUUUCCAGAUUUUCGCCAUCACUGGGUUCACAAAGAACGUUCGGUCCGCAGCCCGUAUUUCCUACGCAACACCUCUUUAUUGAGGACGAUGAAACACCUUCGUCUAUGCUUCCCAUGGGAGCAGAUACGAUGAUAGGUGAGAGUACCUUGCCAGAGAUGUCGGCAUAUGAAUGCAUAUACGGUAUACCGCAGAGCCUUCUGAUUCUCUUGAAGGAAUCGAUCGAGGUCAUCGACGAGGUGAACCACCAUCGCAUGAGUACGGAAGAGGCAUCCAUUCCGGAAUGUUUGAACCAGAUCUGUGAUGAUCUUGAACAGAAGAUCAUGGAUUGGCCACUCGAUGAGCGUCUUCAUCGUUAUGAAGAGUCCACCAAUGGCAUCAGUGCUACCAUCAUCUACCAUCAGACUCGGGCAUUUCUCAAUGCCCUCAUCAUCUAUUUCUCGCAGAGUGUGAGACUGAUGAGUCACCGGUAUCUCCGCCAAUAUGUCCAGGCGAUUCUGGAUAGCAUUGAAGCCAUUGAACAGCUCAAAGAGGAGACUAAAAUACUUGCUGCUCCGCUUUUUUGGCCAGCGUUCAUGGGUGCCACUGAGGCCUUUGAGCCUAAGCACCAAGAACGCUUUCGAUUGUGGUACGAGCGAGUAGAAGUAUAUGGAAUUGAAGCUGUGAGGACAGGUAUACAAGUUGUGCACGAAGUUUGGAGGCGGGGGCCAACAACAAACCGGCAUAUGCGUUCUGGCUGGCGCAGCGUUGUGGAACAGACGGGGGAUCAUCUCAUGUUAACUUAG